AUGGAGCAGGACGUAUCAAGCCAUAGGGUUCCCCAGUUUUACUGCUGCUACUUACUUCGGUCAACUCCGAAGAAACAGUCUUUUUAUAUAGGAUCGACGCCUGAUCCAGUACGAAGGCUUCGACAGCAUAACGGAGCUCUCGCCAACGGGUCUGCUUAUAGAACCAAGAGAAAUGGUCUUCGACCUUGGGAAAUGAUAGCCUGUGUAUAUGGGUUCACAAGUAACAUUGCGGCGCUGCGGUUCGAGCAUGCUUGGCAGCACAGUUAUCAUACGCAUUUUAUACACGACAACGAGCGGAUUGUGAAAAACAAGACCGGUGGAAGAAGCCUGCAUCACAAGUUAGGAAACGUUCGGCUGCUCAUGAAAGCUCCAUUCUUCCAACACAUGGACCUCGUUGUUCAUUUUUUUGACAAAGACGCUGUAAACGUCUGGGAACAGAAUAGAUUCAGAGUUGACAGCGAUCCAGUGACAGCAAAAUCCACUUCAGAAGGAAAUAGCGAUACUGAUUUAACAGAUCCCGACGAAUUGCCGCUGUUGAAUUUCACAAAGGUGGAGAAGCUGUUACUUGACGUUCGAAUAGAACACCAUAAGAAUAUCAGCAUACAGCAGAAAAUUUUGGCGAAUGGAGCCUUAACGUGUGGUGUGUGUCAUGGCGGUUUCAAUUAUACGGACGAUCAGGACGCGGAGGAAAAGCUUAAACCUUUGGUAGCAUUCUGUCCGCAGGAACAAUGCCCUUUUGUAUCUCAUCUCAAAUGUCUUCAUAAAGUGUUUUUGGAUGAUGAGUAUUUGGACGGCAAAUGCGAGAGACUCAUCCCCAAAUCGGGCAGCUGUCCGUUGUGUGAGAGCAUUAUGUCUUGGCCUACAACUGUAAAAUAUGCCACUUGGAUAAGGGAUUGUAGUACGUAG